AAUUUUUGUAAAUUGUUCAAAAUUCUUAGUAUAUUUGGAAACAAUAUGGUUCGCAAUAGCUCUACCUGAGAUUUAUUUUGCUGAGGUCAGCCAUCGACUGCGCGCUUUGAAUAGGCUGGACAGCACUUCGUGGCAACAAUGGAGUCCUCAAACAGAAAUAAUUUGAUUCACUCAGAUCCGACCGCCAAGAUCGACGGCAUUAUGUUUAUUUCAGGUUAUGUCAUGUCAAUCAAAGACGAUGGCACGGCUGGUAUUUUGUCAGUGCGUGGUGGAGGAGGGAAGUUCGUUCUUUUCCAACUAUCGCACUUUUACGUGAACAAAAAGCGUGUUGAAAGUCCCCAUAAUCUCUUCACUUUUCUGGACAGAAGAUCGUACUUGAAUUUGUUCAUUGAGGACAUGGGGGAAGAACGAAUGAUAGUAACGUUUAAGGUGCGCUACAAAUCAGUUCUGUGUUGGGUUGGACCACAGAACAUGGUUCCCGACGUUGGUCCUUACAGUGAAUUUUGGCGGAGGUGGGGCACGUUAUCAAAUGAGCUUACGGUUCAAUCCCGCUAUGAUGUAUACGUUGAUGUUCCCACUGCGUCUAUGGUUGAGGUAUCUGGACUUGUAUAUUGGUGCUGUGAGACCUAUGGUCUUGUGUCAAUCAGAUGUGAAAAAGGCAGGGUCAAAAAUGUUCUAUUCACUGCCGAUAAUUUCUAUAUCAAUCAAAAGAAGUUCGUCUUGUCUGAAAAUUUAGCCUAUCCCUGUGCUGAUGCAAAUGUUAUAGCGAUCGCCAAGCCAAUGCCACCUGUUAAAAUAUUUGGCGUGCUCGUACAAAUGGAAGCUGUCGUUGUCUUUCUUGGUAAAAGACCGGAUUUUAAAUUGAUCUAUGGUAAACCUGAGGCUCGCAAGCCAAACGGUGUUCGGCUACCUGAGAUUUCCAAAGAAACUAAUUUGCUUUCCAAAGUUAAAUAUAUUGAGGAAAAUGGUGCAAAUAAGUCCAAAGCAUCCCUGAUUUGGGCUGAUGAAGAUGAUUCCGACGAAGAAAACCUGCGGCAGCAGAUUACGUGUGCUAAAGUCCCAGAGAAGAAAAAUAUCAUUGAAACUCCCAACAACGUUGUGCGGGUGGCCAGUUACUUGACUGGCUUCUUUCGUGGCACAAACAAAGGUUAUCUUAUGUUCGGCAAUGGCGACAAUGCUUGUAGAUUCUCUCCUUCUCAGUUCUUCGUGAAUGGCUUACAGUUUUCGACCGCUGAGGAGGUAGUUCGUCACCUUAUGUCGGUCAACAAACCAAUUUUGCAUGGAUAUGUUGUAGCUCUAGAAAGACCAAUGGACGUGGACCCCAAUCUAAGGACCUUCUGGGAAGCGGUUUGUGUUUGGCAUGGUCCAGCUCCUCAGAGCCUCAAGACAAAAAUUAACUCGCUCAAAAAGGUACCUUUGAAGAACAUUCGUGACGCCAGCAAGGCCGGUGCUGUGACACGCGAAGUUAUGGUGGAUCGGAGUGAUCUCAUAGCGGCUACUCCUCAAACACCGUUCAAUGACGCCAUGAAAAAAGGACGCCUGGCUGGGUUCGUUCUGAGCUGCAGUGCGUCAGACGCAAUACUCACUGGAUUUGCCAAUUCUGUGUACCUCACACGCGAACGCUUCUACGUACACGGUAAGAAGUAUCGUGGCACCUCUCUACUUAAGUUCUUCCUUAAAACGAAUGAAAAAGUUAACACGUACAUAGUACCUAUGCAGAUGAAAAUCGUGCGAGGAUGUGCUGUCUUCAGACGAGCCAUCUGUGCCUGGGUUGGUAAAGAACCUGCCGAACUGCAGCAGAUGAUUCUUAAUGAUAAAAUCUACACCAACUUUGAAGUUUCCGACGCCCACGAGAAACGAAAAGAUACAUUCUAUUACAUGGUUGGCCAUGUACAAAAAAUGGGUGAAACUAGAGGUUUGAUCGAGUGCGUCGUGGACGGCAGUACUGUUAAUGUCGAAUUUUCAGUUCACGAGCUAUACAAGUACGGCAAGAAGGUGUCAAGUCGAAGUAUUUUGUCGAUGCACUCGCAAGUACUGCUCACUUCUCGGUGGAGUGUUCUUGCCCACUGCUCCACAGAACCCAUGAAGUACGGCGCAGAAUACACUGCUGUGGCUGUCUGGCAUCACGACGAUCAGCUACUUAUUUUUGAAGAUCUUCAGAACAAAAUUCCUCUUUGGCACAAGAAGUUGGUGGAUGGAAAAUGCUCAUGUUCUAGCCGUGUAGCGAAACUCACUGAGAAAGCAUUUUCUAGUGUUAGCAAAGGAGUUAUAAAUGAGACCAAUCAAGAUGCCGUUGCAGUGGGCCUUAAAAACCAAGGUCUCGUUUGGGUUCAACGGAAUCAAAUGAUAGUUGACGGCUGUGUCUGCUACUGCAGUAAAAUAGACGAGCAACGAAUGUGCUAUGUAGCAUUUGACUCCAACCGGAGUCCUUUGUAUUCCUGGAUCGGUAAAAUUACCAUCAGUAACUCUGCUUGCGGCAGCGAGGAUGAUCUUGCUCACAUCGAUUGCACGUCAGACGAUUCCGAUGCGGAACACGACGAUAGAGACGACCUCCAAGAAGACAAUGAUGAUUUCGACGAGGAAGAUGUCGACGGCAUGCGUCACAAUUUGGCUGCUAUAGAAAUGUCUGAGCCAUCCGAUCCAUCUGACCUUUUCACGAUUGCCAUGAAGACCCAAAGUGGUCACAAAGCCUCAAAAACUAAUCAGCGCAAACCUUCAAAAGUGGGCCAACCUGAGCUUGAUCGUUUCUCGGGACGUUACGUUCGCGGAAACAUCGUUAACAUCGAAGACGAGUUGGUUGUUCUUUCUUGGCAUUCCGAUGACUUCCACGGAACUAUCUUCAUUCAACUUGAUAUCAAGCACCUCUACAUAAACGGAGAACCUUUCAAGAAAACUUGUUACACAAAAUUUAGCGGGGCUAAAGUUUUGAUGGAGCAUACAUGCAAUUUAUACAUCAACACUAUCCCUGAAAGUCGAUAUCACGGAUUACUGGAAAUUUGCGCCGUUGCCUCUGCGGGGUGGAUUGGCACCAAGCCUAUUUUUUUGCCACCUCCUGGCAAGCAAGGACCAGGUGUCUACGAUGUAAAUGCUUUAAGGAUUGCAUACUCCAAUCCACCUCAUGUCACCAUUGAAUUCAACUCCUACCAAUCUUGGCUCAAAUACCUGGAAACGCAAAGAAACAACGAGAAUACGGAACCCGCGCUGAACAGCUCCAUUUAUACUAAAGUAUUUCUCGAAAAUGGCUCCCAUGUGGCGCAAAAUAAGAGCAACCCUUCUCGUUCAUCCGUCAUCCAAAAUGUCAGCAAUGAAUUAAGACAGGAGAGUGCAAAGUCAGCAGGACGAGUCGGGAACAGCGUAGUACCAGCAGCUUCAGUGACCGUUUCACGCGAUAAAGGUGCUGUCAAACCACCUCAAAACAUAAUGAAUAACAACCCUGAGCCACCAGGUCCUUCCGCACCCGAAACAAUAAUUUACGACUUUCCUAUACCAAGGUUUACGGGCUAUGGCAGAGAUGAGAAGGAUGUUCAUGAAGAAUUGGCGCGCAAACGAGCCGAAUACUUCGCUGCUAUUUCUAAUGAUCAGCUGCGCUCAUCGCAGCUCCUUGUAUUUGACACUCAGCCAGUACCUACUGUCGAAGCUUCAAGCGAUGAGCCUGGAUUUUGUGGCUCUAUAAUAGAACUGCACCCAAUGAUGGGAAGACUCAAAGGCAACGACGACUCUCAACAUUUUUUCAAGCCGGGGCAGUUCUUCUUAUUUGGCCUUACACUAGACGGCAUCGAACUAUACAACAUUCUUGUUGAGGGUAUGGAGGUGCGGUACGACACGGACGAGGAAGGCCAGCUGCUGACGUGCUGGUACGGCAGCCGUCACCCGCGACCUGCGACGCCUGCGCUACUCAGCGCCUGGUGCCGCGACAACUUCGUGUCGUCUGAGACCCACGACGUCAUGGUGGCGCGUGCAAACGAGAGACCCAAUGCGUGAGCUAGAGCUGGCAAUCACAAGAAACUUCCAAAAAUGGAUGUUCGUUUCAUAAAUUCUUCAAUGGAAUCAUCAAGUUCAAAUUACCGGAGCCUUGCCCUUGGCUCCUUCUUCAUCUAAAUUAUGUUGGGUGUUCAUGGGAACGUUGUUCGAUUGUUACCUUCAUUAUUUUCUGUGCGCAUUUGCCUGGGUUUUGAUAGAUUGGUUUGAUCUUAAAUAGUUUUGAUGAAUUUUUUUACCCAGGGUUGCUUAGCAUUUCAUUAUUCCUAAAUAUAACCUAGUGACGAAAAUCUGUUUCAGCGCAUAACAUUUUCUGCAAUUACUUGGCUCAUAAUUAUCUCACUGCAAGCCUAAAUUGUGACCUUUAACAACAGGGAUUUUCCUGAUUGCUUUGGAAUUUACUUACCAUUGAUUUGUUAGCUUCAUUCAUGCCAUAAUGUUAAACAUAAACCUAUUGCUUCAAGUUAGAAUUAAUGUAUCAAAUGUCAUGGCAAUGUCCUGCUAUCUUGUUGACACCUUGCUAACUUAAUGAAAGAAUGUUCAAAACUUCAUUCAAGUUACGACGAAUGUACGGCGUCCAAUAUAUGGCUAACUAGGUGCAACACAAUCCCAUGCUCACAGUUCGUUUUAUUUUACAAGCAACAAUGUGUUCCUAUAGUGUAAAAUGACUUUCUGGCUUGAAACUGAUUUUGAAUAAGACCAAGCCGCUUAACAUAUUGCAUCUCAUAACUAUUUGCUACAAAUCAAUCUGCUUAUCAUCGUUCUCAUGGCAAGCAGAGUAAAAUCUCGAUCACAUACCAGAAAAUGGCCGAAACCUGCAUUCAGGUUCUAGUUUAUAUGUGUGGUAUUUUAUAGCCUUCAUGCGGAACCAAAUAUUUUUUAAUGACCGGAUCUGUUUUUCAUCUUUAUAGCAUAUCUAUUUGCAUGUGGCGGAGUCAUCUUAUCACCUUUUAUUAUACAUAGAUUAAGAAUAUAUUCUUAAGUUAUAGAAAAGUAUUGACAUCAAUUUGAAUUUCUCUUUAUUCUGAUGAGAUAUAAGUCCAAAUUUAUUUUGUAUCCGGCCGGGUAGUUCUUAUGCACUCCGAUCAAACUUAUCCCGUGCUGUGUAUGGGAAUUAAUCAAAAGAAAAAUGCCGUGAUGAAAAGUUUUUUAUCAUUUUGUAUACAUCCCAUGAUCUAUGCUUGAGUUCAAGAGUGGAUGGGAGUUUGAAUUAGCUAGCUUUUUUUGGUUAGUAAACUAUUCACUAGUACCCAUUGUGCCUUAGUAUCUAUGAUGUAUAUUUAAAAACCCCGUUUAAAUUUUAUAUAACUUCUUCAUUUAAGCAUGACUGGUUCAGGUUUCGUACAUAAUUACUUUUUUUUUUGUCUAUGAUUGGUGAAUGAUGAGCAAAAGCUCACCAGCCAGGAUUUAAUAGUUCGAUCAGAGCGAGGGAACAAAGAACAACCUGUGAUGAAGUGGACUGUGAUGUUAUCUCUUCAGUACACGUGUUACUUAAUCACAUCGCACUACUUACAAGCAAAUAUACUCUUAUAAUCUGUG